GCAGGCAUAACGGAGUGGAGCAAGAGCAAGAGCAAGAGUAAGAGCAAGAAGAGCAAGUGCAGAGAGAAAGAGAAAGAGGGAGAGAGAGAGAGAGAGAGAGAGAGGCAGUGGCAGUGGUAGAGAAACGGAUCCAGAAAGAGAGGAGCCAGUACCACAUCGGCAGCUGUAGUUGCGUCAAGAAGUGAGCCGUGUUCACCUGCCACGCCACACGAUAGUAGUCCCGACGCAUUUACUUUAGUUUGAGUUGACGUUGAAAUUGUUCCUCUUCGAUUUAAGGAGAACUUAUGUGAUAGAAACAAGAUUAGAAAAAGAAAGAGAGAGAGAGAAAAAGUAAGACAAAAAUAGUGUUUGAGAGAAAGAAAGAGAGAGGAAAAUAAGAAGAAAAAACAUAAGAGUUGUAUGUAUACAUAAGAGACACAGUUAAAUAGAAGAAUACAUAGGACAAAGGAUCAAAGCAACGAGAAUACACGUUGAGAUAUAUCUCAACCAUCCAGCUCGCGAGCCACCCCUUGAACCAUCCUUCUUCCCUUCCCCCCUAAAGCGUUCUCCCCUUUCGUUCGACCACCCCUCUUCGAGCCGACUCCUCGCUUUAGACUACUACUACUACUACCCUUCUCUCCCCCGAAUUUUCCUUCCUUCCUUCCUGCCAGCCUGCCUGCCUUCCUUCCUUCCUUCCUGCUUGCUUGCUUUGCUUGCCUCCUGUUUGCUUCUCUUUCUCUCCGUUUUACCUACAUGCUACCUAUCAUCUUCCUUUCUCUUAUUCUUACUUCCUUUUCUAUCAUUUCCUAGUUCAAUGUUAUAUAUAUCUCUGAAAUAAUUGUGUGAGAUUAAAUGAACGAUUUGUCAGUGCCAAUAACUCAAUCAUAGCGUUAGUGAAAAUUGUCUUAAUAAAAAUAGGGGAGGGGGGUUGUCGAUAUGAUGAAGAAUCAGUGAAAAUUGAACUGUAGUUUGUUGUGAUAUUGUUCUUUAGGGAUCAGUGGAUUUCGAUCCUGAAAAUUCAGUGGACGACCUACUACUACUGUUGUAGUAAAGUGAACUGUGAGAAAAGCUCGACUUGACAUUAGCUCGCUUAGGAACAAUCGAAUUGCAUACAGUUGUCAAACGAGUGAUAAAUACUUUGAUUAACUAUUAUUUUAAAUGACGAUAUUUUUUGUAUUUGUGAAGAAGAAUCUCUUGGCUGUUAUCUGAUUGGUGGGUAAGAACGUGGUUGGUACAUAAGCGUAGGCGUUCAACGUGGCCGAUCAUUGGACAUGGUGAGGGGGCAUGUUGGUGUGCCGGCGGUUGCUGCUGAUCGCAGCCGCGAUCGCGGCCUCGAUCGUGGUUGGCUCCGCUAGUUUUCGUUCAAGUAUAUCCUCGGACAAUCCUGGCAAUCUUAGAACGACAUCAUCCGAGGUAUCAUCCCCUAGUAGCCCAGAAACUAGCGGCACGUCUACCGAAAUCACCGAUACGAUCGUUUGCAAACCGUCCGAGUAUCUUUGUGGUACUGGCCAAUGUGUUGCACAGGACAAAUAUUGCGAUGGGGAAAAUGAUUGCGAUGACAAAUCCGACGAGCCACGAUAUUGCACUCCAUGCAACCGAACAUUGUACGGUGAUGUCGGUCGGACGUACAGAAUGGAAGUCCGUCGGCCGAGGAAGGAUCAUCUGCCAUUCUUGUGUCAUCUCAACUUCACUGCCGCCGGUUCUGAUCUCGGUGAUUUAGUUCAGUUAACGUUCGACACGUUUACGGUUGGUCGAUUUCAAUCUUUCACGUCAGAAGGAUGCCCGGAUGGUUUCAUGAGUAUUCGCGAAGAGGGUCGUCCAGCGACAGGUGGACAAUGGUGUGGCAGUGCUUGGGGUUACACGGUCUAUUACAGUGAAACACCCUCAAUCAAUCUCACUCUUUACUUGCAACGCUUGCCCGAGGAGGGUAUAGGUUACAACUUCGACUUCCAACUGUCGUACAAGUUUCUAAGACGAAGCGAAGCACAUCUAAGGUAUGGGAACACGAGUAUGGCUACUUGGCGAGGUGAAUUGGUAAAUGGUACCUACUGUGAUCGCGUAUUAACCAAAUGCGACACACGUGUCUGUCGUCUACAGUCACCGAACUAUCCUGGCGUUUAUCCCAGGAACGUCACCUGUUACUAUCGCGUUGAACAAAAUCGUGCACCACCUGGGCACAGAGCACUUCUUGCUGUCAGUCAACGUAACAGUCACAAAAUACACAUCAAGGAUCAGAUUGUCAAAUAUGACAGAAGUCAACGUAUACUUAGAGUUUGGGAUCAGUGUAAUAUAGUACAAGAUUACUUAACCGUAUACGACGGUGGUUCAACAUCAGAUAGAGUACUCGUGAGAUUGUGCGGAGGAGACGCAGUACCGGAUAUAGUCAGUAGUCACAACACAAUGCUUUUGGAAUUUCACACCUCCCCAUACGAUAAUCCAUUUCACCCUGUACCUUUGUCGUUUCUUCCAGGAUUCGAGCUUGAAGUUCAGGUGCUAUUCGUCGACGAAAAAUCCCGAAGCUUCGUGAAGGAGAACGACAACUGCGACUUUUAUAUAUCGAGCGAGGAAAGCUCGUUGGGAAUACUGGAAAAUCCGAAGCACUCACUUCCGCCGAAUACAACUUGCCGUUAUCACUUUCAAGGAAAACUAAACGAGAUAGUUUGGCUUUCCUUCGUCAAGUAUUAUGCAGCUAGUGCAGAACUUGCCGCGAAUCUUCAUACUGGUGCAGAUUGUAACGCGAAGUUGUUGAUAUGGGAUGGCGAUCAUGCUUCGAAUAAACUUGUUACAACGAGAAAGAAUAUCACACUGAUGGGCCAAUUUUGUAAAGACGACGUACCAAGACUUUGCGAUCAUAGUCUUUUACGUAAUAGCAGUCGUCAUACGCGUCCUUGCAGUUUGACCGAGAGUUACGUUUCAACUGGAAGGGAUCUUACUUUGGAACACAUUUUACGUCAAGGAAGUGCACUUUAUCCGAUAAGCUUCGUAUUGCGUUAUGAAUUUGUGCACGAAGCCACAUCCUGCAAUCACGUUUUCUCAAUGGCGUCUCCAACUUCCUCUACGUCUUCCACAUCAUCGUCAUCAUCGUCAUCGUCAUCAUCAUCAUCUUCGUUAUCAAUAAUCUCGAACUUUGGAAAGUUCACAUCUCCUAAGAGCGUAUUUCUCUAUGGUCGAGGUGGCACGCAAAAUCUCAGCUGUGUUUAUAGAUUCGAGUCUGAACCCGAACACAGAAUAGAGUUGUCCAUUGACAAAGCUUCAUUCGGUGAUAAGAUCUGUUCCUCUUACAUAGAUCCACUCGUCAAUCGAUGGACUUGCGAUAGACGUAUUGGCGGGCCAAGAAAGUUUGGUAUUGCUGAACUCGUCAUUGCUGAGUAUCCUUGGCACGAGGUUGAAUUGAUACGCGACUGUUUGUGCUCAAACGUGAGUGAGAGAAUCGUUUUGAGGAGUCUAACGUCAAACGUCAUAGAAAUUAGAUUUACAGUGACACUGAUGAAUGUAACGCAAGAUUACAGGGAUUACUUUUUCGAAGGAGAAUAUCGUUUUAUUCCAAUGAAUACUGAAAACAGUGAGCAAGGGGGUUGCUCAACGAAACUUGAAGAACGUCGAUUGCGUGGUACCAGUGGUGAGAUAUCACUGAGAAGUCCAUUACCACGUGUUACUCCAGGUUUAGCAGCUGUCGAAGAAAUGUUAACUAACACGGAAGAUUUAACAGCAACACAAUGCGUUAAUGAACCCUGGUUGAUUGAACCUGAGGAUGCUAGAAUGAACUUUCUUUAUUUACGAACUGCUGGUUAUAGUAUUGAUCUUGACAACGUUGAAGCAUGUACCACACAAAAUCGAAUAAUUGUAUACUCAGCAGCCAAUACCAAAGAACGCAGUGUAAUUUGUCCAGAAGGUGGAGUGGAUACCAGCAAAACAGUUGACUUCUUCUCAGGUGGUUGGAAUUACAGUGCUGUUAAUGCUAGUGUUGCAAUGCAUCAACACUCAAGAAGUUUUGUCGUUGAAUUUUUACAAAGAGAACCUGGAUUUUAUGCUGUUACGUGGAUGGCUAUCUCAAAACGAACACCUACAUCCAGUCUUGGUUCCAACGCUUUUACAAUUUUACCUACAGAGGAAUGUCCUUUUAGGUGUCCAGAAAUCCAUGCUUGCAUCAGUCAAGUACUUUGGUGCGACGGUGUUCGUAAUUGUCCUUCGGGAAACGAUGAGAAGGAAGAAAACUGUUCGUAUCGUUUUGGUCCAACAUUAUACUACGUUGCUAUUGGUGCCGGUGCUCUUGGUGUAUUCUUCGUCCUUUUACUUGCUACCGGUUGCCUAAAAUAUUGCCUGUCUCGUCACAAAACACGAAAGAAGAAAAAAAAUGCUGCACUCAAUGUAAAUCAUCACGUUAAUCAUACUCACCAUAAUAAUGGUUUGACCGGAAGCAGAUUGAGCGGACGUUACAAUCUUCCUACACCACAGGAAAUGUAUUUGGAGAAUUAUGGGAAGGAUAGUAUUUGUUGACAAUACGCCAUUACUAAUAUCGAGACCACCGUGUGAAUAGUUUGAGAGGUUUUUUUUUCGUUUUUUCUUUUUUUUUUUUGUGGUUUUAAUCUGCCUAAUUUUAGACUUCAUAGAAAAAUGGCGUCAAAAAUAGGCAUAAGGCAGAUGACAAGAAAAUGAUGAAUUAAAUUGAGUUUAUUUACGAUUAAUAAUAAUAAUAAUAAUAAUAAUAAUAAU